GCUGGAGUCGCUGGCGGGGCUGCGGGAGCUGGAGUGGGAGGAGGAGCUGCUGGAGCACGAGCUGUGCUCGGAGGAGGUGGUGGUGCACACCAGCGCCUCCGAUCCCACUGGUGCGGCAGCAGCAGCAGCAGGAGGAGGAGGAGGGCAGCAGCUGGGCGGCAACAGCAGCGGUACCGCCACCUCCUCCACCACCCCCGCCGGUUCCGGUGCCGCCCACCGCCCACAGCAGCAGCAGCAGCAGGGGCGGCAGGGGCGGCAGCACCGCGGAGGCACUGAGCUGCAGCGGGGCCUGCGGAUUAAGGUGGGUCUGGAUGUGGGCCUCGCCUCCCACACCCUCACCGAGGCAUCCGGCCGCCUCAGCUACCGCGGUCGCGUCAUGAACCGCGCAGCACGCAUCGCAGGCAUCGCGGCGGCCGGUCAGGUGCUGUGCAGCGGAGC